UUGACAAGUAAAUUGACUUUACAGGUACGUUGUUGUUGGGAAUGAGCCAUUUCUUAUGAGUCAUGGACAACAUUUCCAGCCUUUUGUAGUCCGUACAGCAGAAAAUAUUCAAUGAGCAUUGGUUGAUGCAAAAUUAUCUAGCAAGAUCAAGGUGGUGGUACCUUGUAGCGCUGACACAUACCAGAAUGCUUCUACCCCGCUUUCAAAAGCUAGCUUCGGACCUGAUGUUAACAAGACCAUGGCUGAACUCCUGUCAUUUCUUGCAAACAAUAGUUCUCCAUUUAUGGUCGAGCUGAAUCCAGUUUUGAGCUUUCAACAGAACAAGAACCUGUCGUUGGACUAUCACCUUUUCCAACUAAUGUCACAUCCAGUAAAAGAUGGUAAAACAAGUAUGACAACUACUUUGAUGCAAGCUUAGAUGCUCUGGUUACUUCUCUAACCAAAGCUGGCUUCGGAGACAUGGACAUCAUUGUUGGGAGAGCAGGAUGGCCAACAGAUGCAGCUGUGAAUGCAACUCCUGCCAUUGCUCAAUCGUUCAUGACUGGCCUAGUCAAUCACCUGGCUAAAAAGUUCGGGACUCCACUUCGCCCAAAAGUGCCUCCAGUUGCGACGUAUCUCUUCAGCCUUUUAGAUGAAGAUCGAUGCAGUACAGCAAGCGGAGGUUAUGAAAGGCACAGUGGCAUUUUUACAUUUGAUGGACAGGCAAAGUACCAUGUUAACAUAGGUCAAGGUCCUAAAGCUCUCAAGAAUGGCCCUGAUGUGGACUACCUUCCAUCAAAAUGGUGUGUGGUAGACAACAACAAGGACUUGCCCAAUGUUUCUUCCAGUUUUUCUGCAGCGUGCUCCAAUGGCGACUGCACUGCUCUGUUGCCUGGUGGCUCCUGCUCUAGACUUGGCUGGCCUGGUAAUGUGUCGUAUGCAUUCAACAACUACUACCAGCAACAUGAUCAGAUCGAGGAAAGCUGCAACUUCAAUGGCCUGGGUUUGAUAACCACUGUUGAUCCAUCUGUAGACAGUUGCCCGUUUCCUCUUGCAAUUCGCACCUCUGCUGCUUCUUCCUUUCAUCCAACAUUGGCCAUGGCCAUGUUGCAAUUACUAGUUCUACACGUAGCUGCCUAGCUUUACAUAUGAUGUCUUUGAGGCUAAAUUGAGCCUUCAAGAUGUUUCUGUUGGCCUCCUGUUGUAUGUACUCUAGUGUCUUAGUGCACCAUCAAAUACUAAUAUUUCGAAAUGGUAUAAAAUCCGAUAUUUCACUUCUUAGAGGACUUAUAGCCCACAUGUGUUGGUAGAUUUAGUCGAAAUGUAAUGUGGUAUUUUAAGUUUGUCA